AUGCAGUAUUGUGUGGAUCAUCCAGAGGAGAUCAGCAAGCUUGCAAAGGUGAAAGCUCAAGUUUCUGAAGUCAAAGGGGUGAUGAUGGAAAAUAUUGAAAAGGUGCUUGAUUGUGGAGCGAAGAUUGAGCUUCUGGUGGACAAAACAGAGAAUCUUAACCCUCGGGUUGGCACAAGAUUUCAGGACACAAGGAACCUAGAUGAGGAGAAAGAUGUGGUUGCAGAACAUGAAGAUAAGUUCUGGCUAUUAUUACUGCCUUGA